UGGAAGACAUGUGCGCUUCACUUUCACCUGCUCCGACGCUCUGCCUGUCCAACUUUGUUUCUACGUUCAACGCCCGUCAGAUUAGUGUUACAUUCAACUCCAGGACGCAAUGAAACCCCUGUGGUUAAUGUCAAUUCUAACUUGACUGCCUCUACAAUUUGGCUUUGACAGCACUUCAUUCUGUUUUGGUUAAGUUUCGAAGUUGGGUGCAAGUGUAACUUGAAUUCGAAGUAUGCUGUCGUGAUCGAGAACUAUUGAGGGGUGGAGUGGGGGUUGCUCUCUGUGGAGGAGAGUUUGGUCGAGUCGAAAAGGAUUUUCUACUUAGAAAGCGAGGUUACAUUGAUUUGGGAGUGAAGUGAAUUGGAAGAGAAAGAUGAUGAGAUCGCCAUCGGGAGUGGGGAGGGCGGCGGUGAGGUCUUUUGGGAAGCUUUUCGAGUAUCAUCGGCAAUACCGCGCUGUAGCUCCACUUGCUCAGCAGAGGAUUGGAGGUGGGGAUGAGACGGUGAACGUUGCCGGAGCUCAGGGCGGUAGAUGGGGGCAAGGAAGGUUGCCGGACGAGGUGAAGUUGAUGCAGCGGAUAUUACCGGCAGCCACUUUUUGGGGUCGUCAAUUGCAACCAGAGCGCGGAUUCUUGGGUAUCGGAGACGGGGAUGAGGACAUUGGAGUCGCAAAGCAUUUCGAAGAGGAUCGUGUUAUCGGGUAUACGCCGGAGCAGGUGUUUGACGUUGUGGCGGGAGUUGAUUUAUAUGAAGAUUUCGUACCCUGGUGCCAGAAGUCAAAAGUUUUAUGGCGUACAGAUGAUAGAAUGGACGCUGAACUGGAGAUCGGAUUUAAGCUUUUUGUAGAAAGAUAUGUAUCUCAUGUUGAGCUCAAGGCUCCGCGCCUCAUUAAGACAACAGUUUCACAAAGUAAUCUUUUUGACUUCUUGAACAAUGAGUGGCAUUUCAAGCCUGGUCCUACUCCAGAAACUUGCCAUCUUUUUUUUGUGGUCGAUUUCCAGUUCAAAUCACCUCUUUAUCGCCGGGUGGCAAACAUGUUUUUCAAUGAAGUGCAAGCUCGCCUUGUUGGUUCGUUUGAAGAACGAUGUAAGGUUGUCUACGGUCCCAGCUUGGAGACUGUCAUGAGGUAGCUCUGAUAAUGCAGGUUUUGAAGUAGUUCAAUUCGCUUUUGAAUGAGUCUUAAAUUUUUCACUGAAGAUUGCGAAGGCUAACGUUUCUGUCACUUCUUAACAUCAUGAGCUUUCUUCAUGCACAUUGCAUGAAGUGAUUUCUGUCCACUAUAAGAAUGGUCAUUUAACAGGCCCCAAUUUCUUACUUUAUUUCGGAUCAGAAUGUGAUAAGGAAUUUAUUUUGUUUCUAUAUCAUUUAUUAAUAGUCUCUGUGUCUUUACUUCUAUUUUAGCUUGUUAUGAAAGGUUCCUAGAUCUGAUGUUCCUACUGUUCCCUAAAGAUUACAGAAUUCUGCAAAGAAAUUGUACUGUGGGGAAAGCAACAUAUUUGUUGUGGUACUCAUCUCUAUUGAAGCACAUUUGUGGA